AUGGCCGCUUUAUUCUGUCUUGAGCCUAGUGCUGAUUAUUGUGAUGAUCAUGAUGACUUAGAAAAAUCGAACGCGAACAACAAAAAAGACUGUGAACAUGUGAAAACAAUACUGAAUCAAUGUAAGUAUAUAGUUUCACUACCACGAAAAGACACGUUUGGUAAAUGUACUUAUGAAAUAGGUUAUCAUACUGCUCAUGAAUCAAUUGAAGUAGUUCAAACAUUCUGUGAUAUUCACACUCAGGGUUCAACUCAUUUGAAAAGUUUUUCAACAACAAGUCUAAAACAAAACUAUGAUGAACGAACAAAAAGCUCUCUAUCGGCCGUUUUUCAACUGGCUGUGCAGACUGCUGUUGCUAUAAGUGACCCUCUUGUCAAAGAUAGUCAAACGACAAUCAGUAGUCUCAAGGAUUGGGUAAAAGCGAACUAUUCAGAUAAAAACCAUCGUCGGGCAGCUGACUAUAAAUGGGAAUUGAAAGAAGCUCAUGAACCGGUUGAAAAGUGCAAACGAAAAGUGGAUAAUAAAACGAAGCAAUGGAAUCGACAAAUCAAAGACUUAAAUCGACUAAAAACAAAAAUGAAUUGUGCCACCGAACGAAAUCGUUCAUCCUUGAUCGAAAAGCAGGAAAUAUCCAAACAACUUUGUGAAAUUAUUGAAAAUCAAUUAGUUGUUCUAGAUCAAAAUUUAAGACGAGAAGAGAGAAAAUAUCGCCAUGAAGCGGCUAAGAUUCUUUCAACAUGUCAGGAUAUUCAAGUGAGACAACUGAGUGAAAUUAACGAGAUAUUGAAGAGGUUUAUUCAAGCAGUUAAAGAGAUAAAUAUUGGAAAAUCGAUUAAUAACAGCAGUCAGCAUCAGGUUGCUGGUCGACUACAAACGAAAACUGUUCAAGAGCAUACUGUUAGACAAACUUUGUAUGUAGCAAAUCAGUCCACUCGUCGACAACGUACUGUAGCGCAAGAAGAAACAGCUGUUUAG